CAACGGGCUGUUUUUUUAUCGUGACACGCUUCAGUGCCGUGGCAACUAUUUAUCCUGAGCCUGUUUUGCUAUGCGCUCGUUCUAUCAUCCCUAAAACAGAGUCCUUCCCUGCAGAUGUUUUAUAAUUUACGUUUAUUGUUUCUGAGUACUAAAGUCGUUCUAUGGCGGAAUUGAGUACCUGACAUAUCUUUGGGCGCCAGCCGUGCCUAAACACAGUCACGCACACAUCUCUUUUCUGCAGUUGUUUUUAUUCUGUUUGGGAAGGAUAAAUAGGAGAAUUUCAGAACUACCUGGCUUUCUAACGCGCUGCGCAUGCGCAGGUCCUUGCAUUCACUUGCGCCUUGGGUUUGGAGGACUGAGCACCAUUAGCAAGGGACUGACGCAAUUUCUGGUACAGUUGCGGGCGCUCCAUUGCUAGGAUACAUUAGGGCCAGGUGUUCCAACUAGCCUACUCAAAUAAGUCGUUGAACUCAGAGGGAAGCUUAACUCCCAGGACUUUAAGGGAUCCCGCCAGAUAUGGACACGCCUCGGUUGAGCUAGGCCCUAAUUCGCCAUGCGUUUGCAAGCUUUUCGAUUUUAUCGCCAAACUGCGAUUUAUGUACAAAACUAACAGUCGCUUAUCAAUAGUUGAAAUGUCUGCUAUGCAUUAGUAUUAAGCUGCACACUUCCGCCUUACGAAUCUCUCGAUAACGGUCUAUGAUGCAAAAGUGCAGCGACUUGGGAACUAAGGCGUGGCAGCACUUCGUGCGCUUUGGGCAGAACAACCUGAAGGUAAGGAAGGGCCCGGACGGUCACUACUUGGAGAGCAGAUGUCGCGAAGAGCUGCAGAAGUCGCUACCUGCAGAGUCGUUCGAGGAACUGAUGGCCUGGGUGGCAAAGUGGCUGAAGCGCCUGGACGAGAAGAACGCUAUGGUACGCCAGCAAGAGUUGUCGCCGCAGGACCCAAAAGAUAAGGUUUCCGAUAAGGAUCUGCCUGCGGGGAAGCAGGGCGACAAGAAAACAUCCGCUGAUCCCGCAGUUGUGGACCUUUGCAGCGAUGGAGAGGAUGGGGAGUCCGUCGGCCGCUUCCCUGAUGGGGAAGCCUUGGACUCCGAAUCGGUCAUCUCCAGUUCCUCACUGGUAAUCCUUGACGAUGAGCUGGGCGAGGUGAACUUGAAGGACUAUGCGGAUCACGUCGAUGGAAAAAUAGAUGAGGCCUCUUUAAGAAAGCGGAAUCGCGGGGAGGAGGCUAAGACACCUUGUAAGGCCACAAAGCAGACUUCAAUGAAGGCGUUCCUGACUCCCAACAAGAAGAAGAUCGAAAAGAGUCCGUCUCCUGUCUUCCGACAUUCCUUAAAAAAGUAUAUUAAAAGAUCGAAGAUUCCUGCCAGUAAAGAGGCAAAGGAUGUGCCAGCCAGCAAUGAAAAGCGAAGUGCUCUGAUCCUGCGAGAACUGAACCUUGAAGGCGGAAACAACCUGAACCUCAAAGGUGGAAACCACCUGGACCUCGAAGGCGGAAACAACUUGAAUAUCUCCUCUAAGGAAGAAGCGAUUCCCGACGUGGUAGUUAUUGAUGAUCUAAGCCAAGAAGAUUCGGCGAAUAAAAAAGAAAAGUGUGAACCCCCAAAUGAAAAAACUAAACCAAAGACUCUGGCACAUUAUGAUAUCAAAGAAAAACAACCCACAGAUAAAGACCAAAACCAAAAUGACAUCAAAAAUGAGAAAAUAAAGCCCAAUGACCUAACUACUAACGAGAUUCCACCCUGUGAUUCGUCUAUAUCCAAAGAAAUUAAAUCAAAAUCAGAAUCUGAUGUCUCAAAAGUGGCACUGAAGUGCGAUGCAAAAGAGCUCUUGGGCACAAGUGAAGUGGCCAAAGAAAAUAGUGAACCAAAUACACAUAAGGAAGGGCCAAACCUUACUAUUACGAAGGAUGACUCCUUUAAAAACGAGCCCAUGCCUGUACAAGCGGAAAUGCUAUUAGCUGAUCCCCAGGAAAAUCAAGAACAAACUCUCCAUUCCAGUAUACAUGCAGAGGUACAACCCGAUCCGCCGUUAAAUACCAUACGUAUUCGCAGCGAUCUCGUUGCCUGCCCAAUGGAUACGAUUCGGGUUCGCACCGAUCUUUUGCAGAAUCAUGUGGAUCGGGUACAACCAGAGGACACUCUCAAUCAGUUACGGGAUCAUGUUGACCAGACUUCACCAGCUCAACAUUCCAAUCCACCGGGAGCAGCUGAAAAGCGGAAAUUGCUGCCAGAAACGGCUGGAAAUCAAUGUGAUUCGACACCGACGAGCUUCCACGGACUGGCGAAAAGACCAGCCGUAGAUAACCAUAAUCCUACAGUAAACACCUCCAGAUAUCCACAUCCACCGAAAAUUGUGGGUCCUCCAGCACCCGCUUAUGCCUCCAGAUACCAGCUAAUUGCACCUGCACCAGCGAUUGCUUCAUCAAGUGCCAAUGUAAGAUAUCCAUCAGGAGCCACUGUAGCCACGAGCAGCACUCCCAGUUAUCCGUCUCAAGUUUCCGUCUCCCGUUGUCAACCAGUUAUUCCUUCUGCACCGCAUACGAGCAAUUAUCAAUUAAAUGGGGCUAGAGCGGGAAAUCCAGCAUCCAUCCCUGUGAAUGCUGCAGCCAUUAACAAUUCCAGUUAUCCAGCGGCUCAGGGAUCUGCUACAAACUCUAGGUACCCGCAGGAAAUCCCCGUGUCUGCGGGAAAUGUUACCAACCGAAGUUAUCCACCGUUUAUGCCUGUGGCCCCUGUCUUAGCUAACUCGGUAUGGUACCCGCCACCGAGAUAUCCGUCAUCCAAUUCUGUGGCCGUUUCACUAGCGACCACGAGCUUUCAGCCAGUUUGUCCAGCCGCUCCAACCGCUUCUACCAACUACCGAGGAAGUAAUUCUGUGCCUCAUACAAUGCCUACAGCUUCUGUUUAUAAACCAGUCAUGUCAGCGGUUCCAGGAUCAAUAGCUUCAUCCAUGUAUCGCUCAUCUAAUCCUGUGGCUCCUGCAGCAGCUGCCUCUUCAAGCUUUCCGGUAACUCCGGCUCCAGGAUCAGUGGAGACAUCCAGAUAUCCCCCACAUAAUGCUAUGGCUCCUGCACCAGUUGUGGCUUCUAGUUAUCAACCAGUAAAGCCAGCGGCUCCAGGAUCAGUGCUUACCUACCGAUACCCUCCACCUCCACCAGUAAUGUCAGCAGCACCAGGAUCAACCAGAUAUCCCCCACCCAAUCCUGUGGCUCCUGCAGCAGUUGUGUCUUCAAGCUAUCAACCAGUUAGCUCAGUGGCUUCGGGAUCCGUGGCUCUAAGCAGAUAUCCUCCACCCUAUCAUGUGGCUCCUGCAGCAGUUGUCACGUCCAAUUAUCAAAAAACCAAACCUGCGGCUCCUGCGCCUGUAGCAUCCUCCAGCUAUCAACCAAACAAUCCUGUGGCUCCAGCUCCUCAUUGUGCAUCCAAUAAUCAACUUACUGGUUGCCCCACCAAUUUGUCCAACAUCAUGGGCAUGCUAGCCCAGGUGGAGUUCUUUGCCUAUAGUCAAAAGAACCAAGAAGCAUUCCAUCUUGUCAACCAGCUGCGCGUGAGCCUCCAGAAGGGAGCGGCAAACAAUGGCCACGCUGCCUAGGGAAUUGUUUAGAUUUUACCAUUACAUUAUUAUGGCUUCAAAGAAUAUAAUUUUAAGAAAUUUACUCGUUACUUUGCUAGUUUAUAGAAUCUGUUGAAUAUGCCAUUGCAUUUUGAUACCGAAUAUCAAAUAAAAAUAUUGGUCUUACUAACA